AUGGCCUCCGCGGUGGGAGGUGAGCCUCGCUUCCCUAAACCGCAGCCGCUUCUUUGCGGUAAGCGGCCACAGCGGUGCCGCCUCCGGUCCGCCGCCCGCGCUCCCGCUGCUGCUGCCGGCCCCGGGGCAGCUCCCGCAGAGCCCAGACCCCUCCCGGCACCGCUGCCGCCCCGUCGCAGCUUCCACCCCUCCCGGCCCUGGUGCCGGCAGCCCACCGGCAGUGCCGCCCGCCCCUGUGCGGCCGCGGAGCCUUCAGGAGCCGCAGAUGCCCCGCGGCGACACUGCUCGGCAAUUGCGACAACCCCCGUGGCAACGCGGGUCAGCGAGCGCAGUGACCCCGCGCAGUCCCCUCGCGGACCCCUUUUCCCCGCUGCACAGGGAGUCUCUCGGCUGACCCCGACGGCGGUGAGAGCACGGGCGAGCCCGGCCCUGCCCGGUUUCCCCCACCCCCCUCACGGGACACGGCGGGCACGGGGCGAGCUGGCGCCGGUGCAACCGGCGGGCACAGCCUCCCGCACGGGCGGAACAGGCGCGGGGGCAGCGCAGGCACCAACGCCUGUUGCGCGCAGCGGGAGGGGCGGGUAG